AUGGAUCUGGUCGCAGGUGUUCGCAAGGAAGGCAGCCGCGGCGGCCGCGGCGACUUCAAAUGGUCCGAUGUCAAGGACUCCUCGCAUCGCGAAAACUACCUGGGACAUUCUCUCAUGGCUCCUGUCGGUCGUUGGCAGCAGGGCAAGGAUCUGACAUGGUAUGCUAAAGGUGACGCGGACGAUGAGGAUCAAGCAAGGAAGGACCGCGAGGAGAAACAACGGGUCAAAGAGGCUGAGGAAGAGGCGAUGGCGCGAGCUUUGGGACUGCCUGUUCCCGCUAAGGCGUCGGAGAAUGCCAACUUGACCCCACUCGGUGGCCCUUCCGAAGCUGCGGAUAAAGAAGGGGGUGACGAGGCUGGCAAGGGACCUGGCUACGGCGGGAUCGAGCAUCGGAGAGGGAGAGGAAUAGGGACAGAGACCGGGAGCGUAGGCACCGCAGACCUCGUGAUGAGGAUGGCCGUCAUCCUCGCAGUCACCGACACAGGUCGCGAUCCAGGUCGCGGGAUCGCGAUCCUAGAAGACGACGAUCGCGCUCGCGAAGUAAAGAGAGGACCCGCGAAGAUUACAGGAAACGUCGAGACGAUCGUCAUCGCGCAGACCCAAGAGACAGGGAUUUCUCUGACCGUCGCCGCCAUUGAGCAUGCAGUCUAUUCGCAUACCAGGAGUCAGGAGUUUUGGAAUAAGUAA